GGGGACCCCAGAUUCCACUGUUGCGUACCGUGCCUUACUUUGUGGACCUGGUUUUAUGGAGUGUGGCACUAGAUCUGGUUCCAUUUUCGAGGUUUAGGGACCAAGCAUGCGAUGUGAGGGGCAGAAGGUACACCGAGGAGCGGAUCAGUCUGCAUCUUGGGAUUGAUACAGGCCCGGCAGCGGAGCCUCGGAGCCCGGCUCCCCAACGCCGUAAACAGGUGCACGUUGGCUGCACCUCCACGGGCUCGGCCCCUGUCUCCGAUCCGAUUAGUGGGAGGAUGCUGGCAGUGACUCACUUUCCUCUCCCGCCCUAGAGGCUCUCUCCGGAAUGAAGAACCAGUGAUAGGCUACUUCCUUUACGAGAGCCGGGUCCGGUGGGACGGGAGAACAAAAGGCCACUGCUUGCGCAGGACCCUUGCGCUCUGGUCUCCCCUCCCCCGCACCUGGCCCCAAACGUUGCGGCAAAAGGCUUUUAAACUGGUCGGCUCCACGCGGUGAGGAAAACGCGCGGAGAUCUUCGGCAGCCCGCCUUUAUCUCCCCCAUCCCCCGCGACAGCUCGGCUCCGGGUGCGGGGCUGCUCCGUACCCUCGCGAACGGCGCGCGGUUCCCGGUGCAUCGCCCGCCGCUAGGUAUCGGCCCAACUGUGCUCGCACUAGACGCGAGUGCAUAUGGCGGCAAAAGGAAUUUCGCGGUAAACGCGUCACGCCGCGAACUGCCUUUCACAAGCUGCCUCGGGCCGAGGAAGGUGGUGCUUACUCUAGCCCUUUGUGUCUCGCUCUGCGGCGUGGACCCGGGCUCUCCCUAGCCUGUUCGUCGGUGGGAAACACUGGAUUGGGGAUCGCGUACUGGUCUUAGACGGUGUCGUACGUGGAAGGGAGGACAGAACCCGCUGCUAGGAAAAAACGGGGUCUCAGACAUCGAGAUUUGCCGCUCUCUGCUACUAAAGAUCCUCGGAGUAGAAGAAAUUUGGAUUGAACUUUUGACUACAGACACCAGAAUAUGAUGCAUUUCAAAAGUGGCCUGGAGUUAACGGAGCUGCAGAACAUGACGGUGCCCGAGGAUGACAAUGUCAGCAACGACUCUAAUGACUUCACGGAAGUAGAAAAUGGCCAGAUAAAUAGCAAGUUCAUCUCUGAUCGGGAGAGUAGGAGGAGUCUCACAAACAGCCAUCUGGAGAAAAGGAAAUGCGACGAGUAUAUUCCAGGAACCACCUCUCUGGGAAUGUCCGUCUUUAACCUGAGCAACGCCAUCAUGGGCAGUGGGAUCUUGGGCCUUGCCUUUGCCUUGGCCAACACUGGGAUCCUCCUCUUUCUGAUACUUCUGACUUCAGUGACACUGCUGUCUAUAUAUUCAAUAAACCUCCUUCUGAUCUGUUCCAAGGAAACUGGCUGCAUGGUUUAUGAGAAGCUGGGGGAGCAAGUCUUCGGCACCACGGGGAAGCUGGUGAUCUUCGGAGCCACCUCUCUGCAGAACACCGGUGCGAUGCUGAGUUACCUCUUCAUAGUAAAAAACGAACUUCCUUCAGCCAUAAAAUCCCUCAUGGGAGAGGAGGAUGCAUUUUCAGCCUGGUACGUAGAUGGCCGAGUGUUGGUGGUGAUGGUUACCUUUGGCAUAAUUCUCCCUCUGUGUCUCUUGAAGAACCUGGGGUAUCUCGGCUACACCAGUGGAUUUUCCUUGAGCUGCAUGGUUUUCUUCCUCAUAGUGGUCAUCUACAAGAAAUUUCAGACUCCUUGCAUGAGUAUGGAACAGAACUCAACAGUAAGUGCUAACGUGACUGACGCGUGCACACCAAAGUAUGUCACCUUCAACUCAAAGACGGUGUACGCUUUACCAACCAUUGCGUUUGCGUUUGUCUGCCACCCGUCCGUCCUGCCAAUCUACAGUGAGCUCAAAGACCGGUCACAGAAAAAAAUGCAGAUGGUUUCCAACAUCUCCUUCUUUGCCAUGUUUGUCAUGUACUUCCUGACAGCCAUCUUUGGGUACUUGACUUUUUACGAAAAAGUUCAGUCAGACCUCCUUCACAAGUACCAAAGCACAGGUGACAUUCUGAUCCUGACGGUGCGGCUGGCUGUCAUCGUGGCCGUCAUCCUCACCGUGCCUGUCCUGUUCUUCACAGUUCGAUCGUCGUUAUUCGAGCUGGCCAAGAAGACAAAGUUCCACCUGUGCCGCCAUGUCUUGGUGACCAUCAUACUCUUGGUGAUUAUCAACUUGUUGGUGAUAUUCAUCCCCUCCAUGAAGGAUAUUUUUGGAGUCGUAGGCGUUACGUCUGCUAAUAUGCUGAUUUUCAUUCUUCCUUCGUCUCUUUAUUUAAAAAUCACAAGCCAGGAUGGAGAUAAAGGCACUCAAAGAAUUUGGGCGGCCCUUUUUUUGGGCCUGGGGGUGUUGUUCUCCUUGAUCAGCAUCCCCCUGGUCAUCUACGACUGGGCUUGCUCAUCCGGCAAUGACGAAGGCCACUGAAACCAGCAGCAACAGCCCGGCAUCUGCUCAUACCCAUCUAGUCCCCAUCAACAGCCUUCCGCCACUUCUUUUGCAAGUUUACAGAAACGCACAGGGUUUCUCUUGGGUUGCCACACAGAGACUCACUUCUAGAAGGACCCGCGUCCUCUUGGGACCUCCCCUUAGGGACCGUGGAUUUCCGCUUCUCCAGAUAUUUGUGCAGCCAUCUUGUCCAGCCCUUCCCACAGUCCUCCUCCCGGCUCCCCACUGUUGUGGCUUCUCUUUCUCCUCUCAGAACUUCGGAAACAUGAUCGACAGUUGUCUUCACUUGUUAGAUACCCAGCUCCUGAAACCGUUUUCCUACUGACGCUCCGCUCACGCUGUCUGUAUCUUUUUAGAAGAGAAAAUAAUCUUGAAUUGUAUAUAUUUAUUUUUGCUUUACAGAAAAAAAAUAAGGUUUCAGAAAAAAAAAGGUUUCAUAAAUAAUUUGCCUAUUUUGGUUAACAUAGCACACGGGGAUAAUCCUUUGAGAGACAGGCUGCGUGCCAUGGCUGCAUCUGAGCAUGCCCAAUAUUUGAGGCAGCUCCGAUCACCCGACGUGGACUGACCUAGGCCUGCUGGUACUCCAUCCUGCUCCCACGUGGAGCGAGUCCCUGGGAGUGUCUGUAGCCGGGAAGGCUUGGGCACAGCGCCUCUGUGUAUAUUAAAAUACACAUUUCGGGAGAGCUCAGGAAUGAAGUUUUUGGUUUCCCCUUGGCAUCUGGUGCCACAGUUACUCUAGGCUAAGUCAUCUGCUUGGGGGUCCCUCGGUUCCCAUGACGACAAGCGAGACUGCCCAAAUGCUAAGGGACAUACUCCUUAACCUUCAGCCCACACCCGUGUUGUUAAGGGGGAAAUGAUUUGUUAGUUUGUAAGCCCGGCAGCACUGGUCAUGUCCACCAGCUUUUUGCAACAGAGAAGAACGUGUACCUAUGAUGGCCUGCGACAGGUCAGCCUGUUUUAUACUGGGUACUUUACUUUAAUGGAGUCUUUGAAAGACUUGUUUUAUAUCUAUAAAUCUAGGUUACUACAAAUAGGAGAUUUUUGUACCUUAAAUAAGCCUCAUUUCUAGUCUCCAUUAACCCUCCAGUCCUGAAAGUCAACCUCCCCAGAGAGGCUUAGUGGAGGACCACUGAGGUCACUAUGUGUCCCCUCCUGCCCCAGUUGGGGAUGACAGGAGGCCCCUCCCUGUCUUUGUUUUUUUUUUUUUUUUCUUUUAUCCCAUGAUGCCUGUUCCGUGUGCCCCAGGCAAGAGGGCAGAGCUGCCUAUCCUCUCCCAGCCCCUCAGUCUCGGCAGCUAGGGAACCCAGAGCAGUGUGCCCCUGCUGAUGGGGAUACCUGUGGCUGCCCAUAGCUUAGCUACAGUAAGUGAGGUGCACAUGCACGGUGACUGCUCUCUGCAAAUGGCCUACAUCUGGUUGAAAUUCUCAAAUACAAACCUGCACUGAGCACAGAUUUCUUACCUAGGGGUGAGUAGAAGCUAGCAGAGUGGCCCAGACACUUAGCUAUAGAUGCUGUUCCUUGUGUCUGAAAUCCCCAGAGGUCUUGAGGAUCUCAUGAGAGUCACAUAUAGAUGUCCCUUACCAUACUUUAGUCCCGAAGACAGGGUAGGCAUCAGAGCACCUGUUACUAUACUCCUGAGGAAGAAGGAAAAUCUGCUUCCUGCAUUGCAUCAUUACUUUCUCAUACUGCUCCAGAGAGUUCUGUCUGCCUCAAGUUAAGGCAGCUGACCACAAGGCCUAGACAAGAAAAAGGGUAAACCCCACAGCCAUCUCUGUCUGCCCUUUGCCCAAACGCUUUCUAUGUUACGGGAAACUUAGAAGAUUCAGCCAACCUUUGUGGCUCUGUUUGCAUUGUUUAAAAAAUACCUUAAUUCAGUUUGCAAGCUGCAUUCCCCUCUUGCUGGUUUCCCCUUAUUUUUACAUUCACAAAGUGAAUUCAAAAACGCACUAACUCUGGGGUGUGUCGUGGGUUUUUUUGGACCUCUGGAUUUUGUGUUGGUAAAACUAAUGUAUUAUUUACAGUAUAUUUAUUUGCAGGAUGCACAUUGUUAAUCUCUGUGAUACAUGGGUUUUCUCUUUAACCUCUUGUGUGUGUACCUGAGUUUAUUUGAAUAUAAUGGAUCUUCCUGUCAUUGUCAGGUACUGCCAUAGUUUCUGUGGUAUUCUCUGUAAAGUGGACUGUUCUUACUCUUGUUCAAAACAAUGAACUGGUAGCCAAAACAUACCUGUAUCACAGAUAUUAGGUAGCAUUCAACAGCGCAGUCAGAUGUAACAGAUACUUUUCUGCUAAAUUAGUAGUGGGCCUUUCUCCGAGGGAAACCGUGUUUUCUUUCAGCACACAGCCUCUUCACACUGUUGAUCAGGGCCAGUUUCAUACUUUGGGUUUAGAACUGUUCUCUGGUUCUUGUAACACAGAAUACUGUAGAUUCUUAGAUUAGUGCUGCUUGUUAGAAGUAGGGUUUACAGAGCGUGCGCAGAAGGAAAACCUACUCUUUAGGCCUGGGCUAGGCCUGGUCACGGGGAGAACGUAUUCCAAAGCUUUGUAACCUGGAAUGGGUUUUUCUUGGGUUGGGUUAUAUGUGGCGGUGAGGCCCCCAGAGCAGUGGGGAAAGAGUGAUGAGCUGAAAUAGAAUAAUAAGACUGCAGAAAAGCCAAGCCCCCCCCCCCCCAGACUGGAGGUGGUGUGUGUCAGAGUCACUAGGAAUACCCCACUGCCUGUUGUGGCAUCUAGACUGUUCAUCUCUACCACAGAUGGCCUGCUGGGCAGUGGGCUUAGGGCUCUACCACAGUGCCCUAAAGCAUGGUCUCCACCAAGAUUAGAGGAGCUAAGUUCAAACCCCAGAGUGUAGGAUGGUAGUCAAAGAAGAGGGGUUGCUAGGGUUUCCCUCCUUCUCCCGGGUACCAGCUUGGGGUCCAGCACACGGCAUUCUCAUUGUCUCCUGUGCUUCACCACUUGGUGAUCAGAUGAAAAGUACAAAGGUUCUCCAUCCUUCCUGUGUACUUAUGGACGCUGCUGAGAAACAUAUAAGAGCAUCAGGGUGGGUUGCAGAGGACUAACGUCUGUGGUGGGACAUCUCACUGUAACAACUAUGCCAAGAACUCAAGCCCCCAAGCAUGCACACUCACCCCCCAGGCCAGCAGUAUGAGCCUCGUCUGCAGACUUACCAGCAAGUUGUCAGCCCCACCAGACUCAGUGGAAAAAGCAACCUGUCCUCAGCAAGUCUGAAGUCUAGUCUCCAGAUGGGGCCGGUGACAUCAAGCUCGGAAGCCCAACCUCUGAAGGUGACUGGUUCCCGGGCUGAGGAAUGAGAGCCAGCAAGGGCAGAAAAAAAAAAAAAAAACAAAAAAAAAACAAAUAAAAACCAGCUGUUGUCUGAAGAUGCAGAAUAGGGAGAGUGUCAUGUGCGGCCCCUACUGUGUUCUGUCCGGCUGCAGAUGCAGCUCAGGGGUGUGAGUAAACUUGGGGUGCCUGCACUUUAGGGAACCUGGCCCGAGGCACUAGUCUAUUUUCUUACAGCUGUGAAGAUUCCAACUGAGGCUUUCAGAAAAUGUAGGUGAACUUUUAAAAAUGCUUUUUGUUAAUUCAUCCCUGAGGGUACGUACUGCUGAGUUUUCAGGGGACCUCUCCAUGAUAGGGUGGGGUGCUGGCCUGGUGAAGUUCAGUCCUACAGCUGCAAAAUAUUUAUACACGGGGUGUUCUGGUGACAGCUCUGCACUGCUGAGAGAGCUGGAAGCGGCUGUAAGGGAAGCAGAGCCUAGUCUGAGCACAUUGUGAGGUGGCACUGUUAAUUGGACCAGGGCAGAUGGGGGAGGUAUGAUCACCUGUGUGGUUUAUAGUUUGGAGCAGACCCUUCAUUCAUCUGAUUAGACCGGGGCUAGGCUUUGAGAGUGGUCCUUCCUAUUCAAGGGAGCAUGCAGGCCCUCAGAAAAAGUGUCACAUUCUUAGCAACGUUACAAUGUUUCUCUCGCAAGAUAGCAGAUCUGAGAAUCCUACAACAGAAGGCAGUCCUCCAAAACAGUGGGUUGCUGUUAAUAAUAAAGACUUGGGGCUUCAGAGUGGGAUUGUGGGUAAUGACUGAAAGUAAUGCUAAGUCUUAAGGGGUGGGUCCGUAGAGAAUGAUGCUGAUUUCCAAGGGAUGCAGACAUCUUUCUCCUUAGAGCUUCCCUGAGGAAGAACCACAAAGCACUGGGCCUAUCUGUACACAGACUUAAAGAAUCUAUGCAGCUGGAGCUCACUUUAGGAAUCCUUCAUUUGUAUGUAAAUAUGUUGUAAAUACAUAGGAGGCUGUAUAUUUUUGCAGGUGUCGAUCCACACAGAAAUAGAGGUCACUAGUAUUCUGCAUAUAAGAAAUACAUGUUCUCAUAGAUGUUAGUGGUUUUGAUUGGGAAUCAGAAGAACUUUACCUUCUGCCCCAUAGUUCUGUCAAUGUAAAGCUGGAAAAAGAAGAAAUGUCUGGGAAAUAACUGCUCUGAUUUCUUAUGCUGGUAUUACAAUCUGUUGUCUAGAUGCUACAGAUAAGGAUGAUUUAUGAAAAAGAAAAUCAUUGUCAUAUAGAAACAGACAUGCCCAAAAUGAGAAAUUUUCUCUACAUUAUGUUCUUUCACAGUUAACGUUGAUGCUGUUGCAUAGUUUGUGAAAACAGAAGUUAGAGAGGGUUUGGUUUGGUUUGGUUUGGUUUGGUUUUGUUUCCAAAAUGGAAUUGGUGUUUACCAAACUUUGGGAUCCUUGAGCAGAGAGCCGAACAUUAAUUUGAGCACAGGUUUGAAGGAGAACAUCUGUUAUUUUUAAGCUUUUGAAGGUCUUGCAUGUCUGCCUUUUAGCGUUGAUGCCAACAUAGACUGUCUUGUCUGUCUCCCCUCCCACACACACUUGAAUCUUACUCAUUGGUACGCAGUGCAGUCUCCGAGUCCAGUGUCUUAGAUCCCCCGACUCAGUACGUGUAGCACACCACUAUCUUACUAAUGUAACAAACCUUGUAAAUGGUUUCAGGUGGGCAUCCAAAGUGAACCACAGGUAACAAAACUUACUUGUUCACUGUCCAUCACAUAAAGUUGGGUAUUUUUUUUUCCUUUGGGGUGUGGUAUAAAUAAAAAAAUAAUGUAAGAAGUUAUGUUCUAUAAAUGCAGUGUUAACAUAGUUUUCAAACAUUAAAAUGUGAAUUAAAGUA